GCAUCUUGAAUGCACUCUGGAUUACAGUCAUGUCUGAUGGCAGUGAGCUCCAUGCUAUUUUUGGAAAGUUACGUCAGGCAUGGUGGAGGCAGAACAUCCUUCAGAGAGCUGCUCUUCCUCCUCCUCUUCCUCCUCCCACAUGGACCGGAACCACGCAGCACCACGUGACCCGGUCGCUGUGGACUGAAUCCUCCUCCCGUCACACCGCAUCAUGACUGCGGAGGAUGCGGUGCUCCCCGGCGGGGCUCAGCUCUCUCCUCCCCGGUCUUUGCUCUCUCCUCUCCGGCUCCUGCUUCUCCUCCUGACCGCCUCAUGCUCUCCGGUGCACGGUCUCCUCGGCUUCCGCCCGGAGGAGACCGGAGCGGAGCUGUCCGUGGCCGACGGGGUGCUGAAAGUCACCGAGGGGACCCGCUUCAUGUUGCGGGUUUAUUACUCCACAUCCCCGCAGAGGAUGAACCGCACCGCGACCACCCGGGCAAACAACGCCGCGCCUUGGAUCGCCUUCAUCGAGGAGCCGAGCCCCGGCAGAGAGGGGCAAGUCCACCCGAAGAGGAACAUGUGCAUGGAUAAGAACUCCAGGACGUCCGACAUUGAGGUUUUGGGGUCCUUCAAGUCCGCGUCCAGUCAGAACUCGGUGUUAGUGGAGCUGCUGGCGAAGGAUCUGCGCAGAGGAGAGAAGAUCAACUUCUACUCCAUGUGCGCGUUUGACGGAUCCAAAUGGGAACAUUACCGGACCAGAGACUUCUGGGUGUCCGUGGUGGAGAGAUCUGCUGUCCCGGAGCUGUGGCUGCAGGUUCUGGUGUCGGUCCUGCUGCUGGGUCUCUCGGCCCUCUUCAGCGGUCUGAACCUCAGCCUGCUGGCUCUCGAUCCGGUGGAGCUGCAGGUUCUUCAGAACAGCGGCACGGACAAGGAGCAGAACUACGCCCGAAAGAUCGAGUCGGUUCGCCGGCACGGGAACUACGUCCUGUGCACGUUGCUGCUCGGCACCGCCAUCAUCAACGCCUCGCUGGCCGUGUGGAUGUGUCAGAUCCUGGGCAUGACCUGGCUCUCCACGGUCAUCUGCGCCUUCGGGAUCUUCUUCAUCGGGGAGAUUCUUCCGCACUCGGUGGCGUCGCGACACGGCCUCGCCAUCGCCUCCAAAACCAUCUGGGUGACGCGCCUCCUCAUGGUGCUCUCCUUCCCCGUCUCAUACCCCAUCAGCAAACUCCUGGACCUCAUCCUCAACCAGGAGAUCUCCAUCUUCUACACCCGGGAGAAGCUCCUGGAGAUGCUGCGUGUUUCCGACCCGUACCACGACCUGGUGAAGGAGGAGCUGAACAUCAUCCAGGGAGCGUUGGAGCUGCGCACCAAAACGGUGGAGGACGUUCUGACGCCGCUCAGCGACUGCUUCAUGCUGUCCUCAGACGUGGUGCUGGACUUCAACACCAUGUCGGACAUGAUGCAGAGCGGCUACACCCGGAUCCCCGUGUACGAGAACGAGUGCUCCAACAUCGUGGACAUCCUGUUCGUGAAGGACCUGGCCUUCGUGGACCCGGACGACUGCACCCCUCUGAAGACCAUCACCCAGUUCUACAAACACCCGCUGCACUGCGUGUUCAACGACACCAAGCUGGACGCCAUGCUGGAGGAGUUCAAGAAAGGGAAGUCCCACCUGGCCAUCGUGCAGCGCGUCAACAACGAGGGCGAGGGAGACCCUUUCUACGAGGUGCUGGGCAUCGUGACCCUGGAGGACGUCAUCGAGGAGAUCAUCAAGUCAGAGAUCCUGGACGAGACUGACCUCUACACUGAUAACCGUACUAAGCGCCGUGUUUCUCACCAUGAGAGGAAGCAGCAGGACUUCUCCAUCUUCAAGCUGUCGGAAAACGAGAUGAAAGUGAACAUUUCUCCUCAGCUGCUCAUGGCCACGCACCGCUUCCUGUCCACAGAGGUGGAGCCCUUCAAACCCGCUCACAUCUCAGAGAAGAUCCUGCUGAGGCUGAUCAAACACCCGAGCGUCGUUCAGGAACUCAAGUUCAACGAGAAGAACAAACGAUCGCCGCAUCACUUCCUGUUCCAGCGCAACAAACCGGUGGACCACUUCAUCCUCGUGCUGCAGGGUCGAGUGGAGGUGGAGUUCGGAAAGGAGGCGCUGAAGUUUGAGAACGGAGCUUUCUCUUACUUUGGGGUUCCCUCCAUCAUGUCAACAGGUAGAGAUCACACGCUGAU